AUGUUUUUACAAUUACCUGAUAUUAAACCAUUACUUUCUGAAAAUAUUUUAUCAAAAUUUAAACAUACUUUUCUUAUUCGUGAUCCUGAAAAAUCUGUUAAAUCAUUCUAUAGAUCUAUAAAUAAAUCUAAUAAUAAAAAAUUAAAUUUUGAUAGAAUCGGUAUUGAAGAAUUAAGAAAACUUUAUGAUAUAAUUAAAAAUACAAUUAAUGAAGAAAUUUUAUUAAUAGAUGCAGAUGAUCUAGUUGAAAAUCCUGAAAAAAUAUUAAGAAAAUAUUGUGAAAAUGUGAAUAUAAAAUUUAGAAAAGAAAUGCUUAUUUGGAAACCACAAAAAAUGGAUAUAUGGAAAAAUAACUAUUUAUGGCAUAAAAAUGCGAUGGAAAGUACAAAAUUUGAAUUGAAAUUUGAUAAUAAUGAAAUUAUAGAAUAUCCACAAAGUGUUUAUAACACAAUUUUAUUUGAAAAACCUCAUUAUGAUUAUUUAUACCAAUAUAAAACAAAAUUUUAA